AUGCCGACGUAUCUAUGCCACGGAUUUCGAUGGCAUCGCCGCGAUAUCCGUAUUUUCGUCAUCCUUAACGAUCUUGAAGACGCAGCUCCAAAUUGGAUCCUUGCGCCUGCAUCUUCAUAUUGUAUUCUCGAUCAGUUACACGCUCAAUUCGAUUUCUUGCCUGAACUCACCCCGCCGACCACGCCGACACAAGCCAGUGUUAGCAAUGCCAAAAAUGCCAAGCCAAAGCCAAAGCCUGAUCAUGUGGAUGACGACCAUGAUCUCCCUCAAUCACGUGUACCCGAUUCUGACGAUGCGGUUCUCAUGCACUCGUGGUCUCCGGUCAAGUUGUUGGAGGAGUUCGAUGUUGACGAGAUGGUGAUGGCAUGUAGGCCUUAUGCCUAUGUAGCUGACCAUGUGGUGAGAAUCGAUCUAAGCGUGGACGUAGCAGGCCAGAUGGCCAAGUACUACGAAAAGAUGGCAGGCGAUGAUGGUUGGAUUGUUCAACUUAGGGAUGAGUUGCAGAAAGGAGAGCAAGUGAGAUGGUAUGUUAUUGUCUGCGGAGACGACGUGAGAGAAGUUCCUGGGAAGAGUGAUGAAGAAGAGCAGGAGGUUGGGUAUGAGCAGCUGAGAGAAAGAGCACAGCACAUGGCCCGCGCCAGAAGGACGAGAGAAACUCUGGACGGCUCCUCUAACUCACCAUCUGAAUACGAGGAUGGCAGCGACCAAGACGAAGAAGACGCUCUUACUGUAUUGGAGGAUAUACUAGAUGAUUCCGAAGGUGCCGCUACUCCAAGACCUCUUUCACUAGACCUACCCGAUAUCGAUAUACCACUUCGGCCCCAACUUGAUCCGAGCAGAGCAUCGGUUUUGACAACAUCAACAGUCUGGUCCCAGGACCAAUCACCCGACGAUACAAGAAUAGAGACACCGGAUAUCGAUAAACCUCUUGCACCCCACGAGCUCGACCGAAAUAGGACGUCCAUAUCUACAGCAUCUUCAGUUUGGUCUCAGAAAGAGUCGUCCGACGACGGAUUAGAACUGGAAACGCCUGAUGUUGAGGUACCGCUGCUUCAAUCUGCGAAUACACGAUUUUCGACAUCAACAGUAGGGCUUUAUUCUGAAAACGGGCAUAUUCGAAUGGAGCCAGAAGAGUUUGCCAAAGCACAGUCACCAGUACGCAGCCCUAUUAGAGAAGAGGUGCCGGACAUUAUGCAGCCUCUCAAGCCUGCAGAGAUCCUGCCACCGAGGUCUUCGACGCCGCCAACGCCCAAGGCACCGCAUAGACAACUCCCAGCUCCAAGCUUAUACAGACCCGAGAGUUUCAUACCGCCUUUCUCGCCUGCUUUACCGUCUUCAGAUGCUUUCUCUAAUGAUUCCUCAAGUCCAACAAUUCCGAAUCAGACUGAAGCUACAAACCCACCGGAGACGUCCUGGCCGUUAUCUUCCGACUCACCACUAGAAUCUUCAGGGUCUAGUACAUAUCGCAACGAAGAGAACUCUUUCCCACUGACGCCACCGCUCGUACAUUCGAACAACAAUUCUUUAACUAAAUUGCACUUACCCAAGGAAGUUAUCACCGCUCGGAUACCUUCUCCAGCAUCAGGAUACUCACUUCAGCCGCAAUCUUUGCGGCCAAGGAAGCCUAGAUUCGAGGAGGCAGUUCCACAUGCUUCGCCUCUACUAGUUACGCCAAACCCUAGACGCCUAGAACAACCGAUUUCCGGAGUCUUGUACAAUGCUGGAGAAACUGUAUCUAAAAGGCAGCCACCAUCUUCGUUACCAAAGUCCAGAGUCAUACGUCCUCCGCCACUUAAUAUAAACUCUGCCAACAUGCCAAGGGCUGCGGCUUCGAAUCUUAGGAAGGAUCUUGCAACACCAACGUCGGCUCAACGAGAGACUUCUGAUCUGAAUAUGAAGACGCCGCCGAUAACCCCGAAAACCCCUACAAGACAAUCUUCUACGGAUGCAUCACCGAAGUCCCGUAUACCGAGAAGCAUGCCAAAGAACGUACGUCUAUCUACUUUGCCGCCUCCACCUGAACCACAAGCAAACCCUGUUCGUCCACCUACACCACCAAAACCAAAGCCCCGUUUUGCACAGACAGGGGGGCCACAGAGAAGACCACAAACAGCACCAGAGGAGGGGGUAAAAUUGAGACCCAAUGCAGGAAGCUUCUCAAGGCCAUACCGCCGCUCCGAUAAACGACUUCCCCGAGUCCCUAAAUCCAGAGUCCGAGACACCUCUCGUCCCGUCCCGCCUACGUCUCCGAAGCCAUCCCUUUCAACUCCAAACCUUCAGUCUCACCUCAGCGCUCAAAUGGUCCACCCGAAACCCGAAGACGGGCCAAGUGCCCCGGUUGAGACUUUUGCGCAAACAAGCAUAGAGCUCACGCUCGAUGAUAGCGACGACGAAGAUCUCCGGUCAAUCGUUGGUAGUGGGAGCGAUGUAUACGAGCUUCGCGAUAGGGACACAAGUAGGGAUCGCAACGGCAGCGCCAUAUGGGAUGCUGAAGCUGGCGAUGACGGGGAUGUCGACCGUCCUCUUGUUGCAGGUCGUUCAAGAAGUCCUGGAUCUGUAGCGAGCUUCCAGUUAUAUACCCCAGACGAAGAGCAGGCGGUCCGGACGAAGUUUGAUCGCAAGCUUGUUUUAUUCGUAGCUCUCCUUUAUAUGCUGAGCUUUGUCGACAGGUCGAAUAUCGGCAAUGCUCGAAUAGCAGGUAUGGAUGAAGACCUUCAAUCCGAUCCACCCCGUGAUGAGUGGUAUCAAUGGGCUUUAACGGCAUUUUACAUUACUUAUAUCGCCUUUGAAUGGAUGUCGCUGCUGUGGAAGCUCAUCCCCGCACACAUUUUUGUGUCUAUGGUAGUCUUAACCUGGGGUCUCAUGGCGUCUCUUCAGGCCGUGGCUACGUCUUACCCCAUGCUGAUUGCGCUACGUGCUGUGCUGGGCAUUGGUGAGGCGGGGUUUACUGGUAUUCCGUUUUACUUGAGCUUCUUUUUCAAACGCGAGGAGCUGGCAUUUCGGACUGCUAUUUUCAUAUCUGCCGCACCUCUGGCCACGACCUUUGCUUCCACCCUUGCUUGGCUCAUUGUCAAAUUUGCUUCACUUAGCCCUAUCGCCCCAUGGCGUCUUCUUUUCAUCAUCGAGGGGUUUCCUUCUGUCAUCGCAUCUGUAGUCGCCUGGAACGUCAUCCCGGACUCACCCCAAACUGCUCCCUAUCUAACCAAGCGUGAGAAGAAAGUCGCUCGUUUGCGCCUCCGAAGCGAGCAGUCCGCGUCUACAUCCACAAACGCCAAGCCUUCAUCCGGUCUCAAGGGUCGCGAUGUCUUAGCUAUUUUCCAUGAUCCUGUAGCUUGGAUUACCGCCACCAUGUUCUUCCUCACCAACAUGGCCUACUCAUCACUUCCUGUCUUCCUCCCAAAGAUCCUUACUGAAAUGGGCCACGAUACCCUCACUUCCCAGGCUCUCAGCGCUCCUCCUUACUUAGCCGCCUUUGUCAUCGUUCUCUUCACGGCUCACAUGUCUGAUCGGCUGCGCACUCGCACCGUCCCUUUAAUAUUCCACGCUCUCGCGUCCGCCAGCGGCUACGCCAUACUCGCCCUGGCCAAACCCCUAAACUUACCUAAUUUCAUUCGAUAUAUGGCUGUAUAUCCUGCCGCGAUAGGCUUCUUCAAUGUCGUCACUCUCAUCAUCACGUGGAGUAUUAAUAACCAGGCCAGUCAGAGCCGCCAGGGCGGUGGUUUUGCCCUCCUACAGCUUGUCGGCCAGUGUGGUCCGCUCGUGGGCACUAGGCUAUACCCCGACCGUGAUGCUCCUUAUUAUGCGCCGGGAAUGAGCACUUGUGCGGUGGCGAUGCUCAGUGUUUCCAUCCUAGCAUAUGCUCUUCGUUUUUACCUAAAGUAUCAGAACCGCAAGUUCGAUCGGGCCGAAAGCGAACAUUUGGAGGGAGGCGAUGAAGUAGAGGAAGAAGGCCUUGUCGGUUCUGGGAGGAGAAAAGCCACGGCCGCCUCCUUUCGAUAUAUGUUAUAG